ACUGGUUGCCUCCGUAUCGUUUCAGUCUCGUUUUCACAUUGCCAAGAUGCGUACCAGUGCCGUUUCAAUCGCUCUGAGCUUCUCCGCCGUGCUGCUGAUGCUGCUGGUGAUCCCAUCCACCAUAGAUGCGGCCAGCGAGCCGGUGUGCACUUAUCGCAACUCGGAGGAUGAGACCAUAUUCCUCAAGUAUCUGCCGCUGUUGAAGCGGGGCCAGGACUAUGUGGACUUUGGUCAGGAUGGCAAAUGCCUGAAGCGUGCCAUCUGCACGGAUACCUUCAAGAUCUUGGUGGAGGACUGCGCCCAGCACAAGAUCAAUUGUGCCAAUAAGGAUCGCUUUACGGGCGUCUUUCCAGCCUGUUGCCUCAAGUGUCCAUAGAGGAGCCUGGAGCAGCACAACAGAAUACUUAUGAAUAAUUCUUGAAGCUACAAUACUCUUGCACACGGAGAAAUAUGUUUGGAAUGUGACAAUAUUAAUGAUACUAUGAAUAAAUUGCAAGCAAACGAAA